AUGGAAAUCAUCACAAGUAAUGCCCCGUCUUUGCACGCCAAAAUCACCGGAGAACUCGACCAGAACGCAGGACUUGCUCUUUAUCGCGGAGUAACAUAUGCCUCAGUGAGCGCUCGCUGGACCCACAGUGUUGUUAAACACACCUUGGAUGGUAAUAUCAUGGACGCUACCCAAUUUGGCCCUCGCUGUCCUCAGAGGACUAGAGCUGUCCUGGUUAGUGGUGGUGUUGCUGAUCCUUCUGCCGGGGAUGAUGAGUUCCGUUGUCUCAAUCUCAAUAUCACCACUCCUAUAGAGGCCGUCCUCACUCAGGAUAAGCCACAAGGUCCCCUCUUGCCGGUCAUGGUGUGGAUUCACGGUGGUGCUUUUGCUUUCGGCUCCAAUUCAAUUGCUCGGUACCGGCCACAAUCAUUUUCCAAACAGGCCAAAACCCUUGGUCAGCCGGUUGUUCUGGUUCCGAUCAACUACCGACUUGGCGCACUUGGCUUUGCAGCUUCGAAAGACAUCGCAGAGACGGGCGACACCCGUAUUGGAAACUAUGGCUUGGAUUUCGGUGGCGACCCUUCGAAGAUUACCACCUAUGGUGUCAGUGCCGGCAGUGCCAGUAUCCAUCAUCACCUGCUGAGUGGCGUUCCACUUUUUGAUCGCGCGAUUAUGACGUCUGGUGCCGCUCCAUCCCUCGGGCCCUAUACUUUAGAAAACAGCUGGGAAAAAAUCUGCGAUCGAUAUGGAUUGGCUCACGCAGCCCCAGCAGAGCGACUGGAAAGGCUGCGGAACCUGGAAGCGCUCGAGCUGCUAGAGGCAUAUUCCACCAAUAUUGCUGGGCCCGUCGCCGAUGGGAUGAUACUACCAACAAAUUGGGGUUUUGCAGAUCCAAUGCCAUCUGCGCGGUGCAAAGCUAUCAUUCUUGGUGAUACCAAUGCGAAGUCUAUGAUUUACAGACCUCUGGUCCAAAAGCUAUCCCAAGCAUACUUUCAUGAGCGAGUGCAUGCAUGUUUUUCCCAACCGAAUGUCCAGGAUUUACACUUACUUUGGCUUUAA